AUGGCGAUUUCUGGGUGGGUGCAGAAAAACACUGCAAUGUUUUUCCGCAUCCACCUGCAAAGCUUGGAUCCAUCUCCGUCUGGACCACUGGCUGUUAUUCCUGAUGGGCAUGCGGAGGGUUGCGGAGUUUCCCCACAUUUUGAAAAACUGAACUGCAAAGAGUGUAUAGGUGCAAAUUUUGGUCUACGAGUAAAGUCGCUUUCUUGCAAUUGGUCGUUCGCAUUCCCCACUCGCGUGCUGCUGUCCUUUCCCGUACAAGCGGGCUGGCGCUUGUUGAUAAGCCCCGAGAAGAGCUGCGCUGAUGACUCCCCGUUUAUUGCGCUAGUAUCACUAAGCGCUGCAUCAGAUUUUCGAGGGCGGCAGCUAGUGCGAUCUACCUGGGGAGGGGUGUCCAGGGUCAAUAACCGUCGCGUGCGCCUCGUCUUUGUCUUAGGGGCUGUGCAAUCCCCCUCUGUCCAAUCAGCAAUAGAGGCAGAAGCACGAGAGUUUGAGGACAUAAUACAACAUGAAGCUCCGGAAAAAUACGUUCACCUGACUUAUAAGCUCAUUACCGCUGUUCAGUGGCUGGCAGCCUCCUGUCCUCAAGCCAAAUUCAUGGUCAAGGUGGACACGGACACUGUUUUGGAUAUACAGAAGAUGGGAGAUUACUUAAUUUCCAAGGAAACGGAAAAAAAUGUGGCGGUUGGAGUGCUGAGAAGAGAAAUCCCGGUGGAGAGAGACCUAUCCCACCCAAAUUAUCAGGAUCCUUGGACCUAUCCGCACCCUACGUAUCCUCCAUAUCUUGCUGGGCCUUGCUACGUCCUGUCUAUGGACUUGGUCGAAAAGAUUGCAGCAAAAUUUUCGACCUUGCCCCUCCUAAGCAAUGAGGACUGUUUUGUGGGGUUGUCUCUCCAAGUUUUGGGAGUUACACCCCAAGAUAGCGCCCCUCAAGCAGAAAUAAAUGCUUUUUGGGGAACGACAGACGCACGGCUAAAAGAUCUAAGACUUCUUACGGCUGUACACCCUAUUCCACUGGAUAAGAGAGAACAUUUUUGGAAGGCAAUGACACAGCGUUCAAAUGUGAAUCACGAAGUUUAA